CGGGAACAAGGCGGCAACCAGGAAGUGAAUUUGACUGUGACAGGACGAUGCCAGUUGUAGCGUUAGUUUAACGCAGUUCUCUUUCGCCGUUAAUCAAACACCGCAGCGGGAAUGCAGCCUGUACGAAGUCGUCGAGGCAAAGAUUUACCCUCCACAAAAAAAACGAGCACUCACGGUGGCUCGAAGGAAAAGGAGCCUCAGCAGAGGAGGCCGCAUUUCCACUGUGACCUGUGGUUCUGUCUGACUCUGCAGAACUGGAUACUGGACUUUGGAAGACCUAUUGCCAUGAUAAUCCUUCCUCUGGAGUGGUUUCCCCUGAACAAGCCCAGUGCUGGAGACUAUUUCCACAUGGCCUACAAUGUCAUAACACCAUUCCUAAUGCUCAAGCUGAUUGAGCGCAGUCCCAGGGCGCCGCCUCGCUCGGCGGUUUACCUCUGCAUCAUCACUUUUGUGAUGGGGGCCAGCAUCCACCUGGUGGGAGACUCCAUCAACCAUCGGCUCAUCCUGAGCGGCUACCAGCUCCACCUGUCAGUCAGAGAGAACCCCAUCAUCAGAGACCUCAAACCUGCCUCACUGAUCGACUCCUUUGAGCUGCUGUAUUAUUAUGAUGAACACCUAGGACACCUGAUGUGGUAUAUUCCUUUCUUUGUCAUUCUGUUCAUCUACUUCACCGGCUGCUUCACCAAGGCUGAAGAGCAGAAGCGGCUGCCCGCCUCCGGCUGUGUGCUGCUGGGACCCAGCGCUCUGUACUAUUGGUACCUGGUCACUGAAGGACAGAUCACCGAGCUCUUCCUCCUCACCUUCUUAGCCAUGGUUGUCAUGGUGAUCCAUCAACACCGUCGAGGCCUGAGUCCCGACAGCAACGGCCUCUUCCUGUUCUGCAGUUUCAGUGUCACUCUGCUCCUGGUUGCACUGUGGGUGGCCCAUCUGUGGAACGAUCCGGUGUUACGCAACAAGUACCCGGGACUCAUUUACGUGCCAGAACCGUGGUCCUACUACACCUUACAUAUCAAGCAGAACCACUGAGGAACCUCAGUCCGGCUGACUUCCUGUGACGGAGGUGGCUGCUGCACUCCUUCGACGAUGACGAGCGAUGAAGGUUCAACGUGCAAACCGACCUCACUGUGAAACACUGCGUCUUGCUGGCUUCAUCCAUCCAUUCAGAAAGGGAUUUCUCUCAGUUUGGUUCAAUAUCGUCACAGAGCCUUUAAACAGGCGGGAUUUGUGACGUUCAUUCGGUCUGUUCUUUAAAAACUCUUGUGACAUUUUGGAUUAAUAAAGAUAAAGCAAAAAAAGAUUAGGCAACGAUGUAGCAGACAAUUUAAGACCUUUUGACGCAUAAGUUUGAAUUUACUUUAGUCCUGUGUAUUGCAAAAACAAAUGAGAAAUGUAUUUGAUAAAAUGAUUAGUGUGUUCUCUGCUCAGACAGGCGGCUGCGGAGCGCCUGAUGGUUUGGGAACCAGGGGCAGCUUUGUGGUCUCUUUGGUAAACCAGCUUUGUAAAAACACAUACCAGCACCAACUGUCCUUGGCAUCAACAAAAGAAAAUCUAUAGUACACCCGACUGUGUCAUAAUCAGCAAAGUUACCGCACAGCUAAGCUUUUGUGAACAAACUCAAGGUGAAAUAGAUUAAAAGAAAGGAGGAAAGAGAAUGAGAAAGUAACUUGACCGUGCUAUUACUCUGUGAACAACACGCCCAGGUGGUAAAUCAGAAAGACACGCGAUUUAAACGCAUUAUACUUAGUAGAAAAGAUUUAUCAUUUAAGUUUCAGGCUUUUAGAGAUGAAGUUACAUUUGUUAUUGUGAGACAUGAGAGCAAGUGAACUAUUACAUUUCCCGAUGUGGUCAUUGUGGAAUAUUAUAAUCUAGCCAUAGAGCCAACACGCACUGAGUGAUGAUAAAAUUGUUCUUUUAUAGCAGUGUUCUUCACAUUAAGUUCACAAUUCACGUUUGCAGAUACUUUGCUCUUUAUUUCUUUACAUGUUGACUUAUUGUUCUUGGUGUAAAAGUUUGAUUUUUUUUUUUUUGGUAGACUUUCGGUCUUUUGCAUAAGAUCAUUUUGUUCCUUAUGAAAAGCUUAUUGGUUCCUCAUUGGUUCAAUUUAUGUUUAUCUUAAUAUAAAAUGUUGAAUUGACCUGUAAUUGCUGGUUAUCAGAUGUGUCUUAACAGUCCGUUGUUGGACCAGGAAUGUGCUUUAAAUCAAUCGUCUUAAAACAAAGGACAAAUAAUAAUAAAUUAAUUUCACAUAAUA